CCCCGCGGCUGGGCAGGGGGCGGCCGCCGGCUCCGCGGCCGCGCCAAGUCCCGCCCCCCUACCCCAUUAUCAUUAGCAGCGAUUACCCUAAACACUUGCUCUUUGCCUCCCGUCUCCCUCCAGGCAUUGGCGCGGCCGCCUGUCAAUCACCCCGGCACCCCAGCGCACCGGGCUCCGCCGUGCCACAGAGACAGGCGGCGGCGGCGGCGGCAGACGCAGCCCCGGCGGGAAGGGGGCCGGGGAGCCGCCGCCGCAGCGGCGGGAUGCUGAUGAUGAUGGAGGAGGAGAUGCAGGCGGCAGAGGAGGGGCCCAGCCUCCCCAGGCUCUACCGGCAGAGGAGCCCCUACAGCGUCCUCAAGACCUUCCCCAGCAAGAGACCAGCCCUGCCCAAGCGCUACGAGAGACCCACCAUGGUGGAGCUCCCCCACCUCCGGCCGGCGGGGCAGCCCUUCCCGCCCGCCGCCUCCAGCAGCAGCGAGCCGCACCACUACCCGCCGGCGCCCAGCUCCUACCCCGGCGGGCCCGCCCGAGCCGCCUCGCAGGGCCACCCCAGGACUCCCGCCGCGCCGCUGGGGCCCCAGGCAGCCUCCUCCUCCUCGGCCCGCUACGGCCACGGCCAGCCGGGGGCCGCGGCCAGCGGCGAGGGCGGCAUCAGCAGCAGCCUGGAGCUGAGCGCAGAGAGUCGUAUGAUUCUGGAUGCCUUUGCCCAACAAUGCAGCCGGGUUCUUAAUCUUUUAAAUUGUGGUGGAAAACUACUGGACAACAAUCACUCUCAGUCCAUGAUUUCUUGUGUAAAGCAGGAAAGUACAAGCUAUAGUGAAAGACAAGAGCAGUGUCAGCUGGGGAAAAUGGUCCAUAGUCAGACGUCAGACAAUUUAGACGUAGAAAUGCAGUAUAUUCAAAAGAAACAACAAACCUCAGCCUUUCUGAGGGUUUUUACUGAUUCCCUUCAAAACUAUUUGCUUUCUGGGAGCUUUGCAUCCCAGAACACCUCAUCAGUAAAUGAUUUUGGCCAUUUGGCAGAUGUGGAUCCACUUUCAACCUCUCCAGUACACACUUUAGGUGGAUGGACAUCCCCAGCAACCUCUGAGUCCCAUGGUCACCCAUCAUCAUCUACACUUCCAGAGGAGGAAGAGGAUGAGGAGGAGGAGGGAUACUGUCCCCGAUGUCAAGAGCUAGAGCAGGAGGUAAUUUCACUACAACAAGAAAAUGAGGAACUCCGGAGAAAACUGGAAAGCAUUCCAGUGCCCUGCCAGACUGUUUUAGAUUAUUUGAAGACUGUACUUCAGCAUCACAACCAACUUAUGAUACCACAGCCAACAGACCAUCCAACAGAGGGAAGCAAGCAGUUGCUGAACAACUAUCCUGUCUACAUCACUAGUAAACAGUGGGAUGAGGCUGUAAAUUCUUCAAAGAAAGAUGGAAGGCGGCUACUUCGAUAUCUCAUCAGAUUUGUUUUCACAACUGAUGAGCUUAAGUACUCAUGCGGCCUUGGAAAAAGGAAAAGGUCAGUGCAGUCAGGAGAGACAGGUCCUGAAAGACGUCCUCUGGAUCCAGUAAAAGUAACAUGUCUCAGAGAGUUCAUUAGGAUGCAUUGUACUUCCAACCCUGAUUGGUGGAUGCCAUCUGAAGAACAGAUAAACAAAGUUUUCAGUGAUGCAGUAGGACAUGCUCGUCAAGGACGUGCAGUGGGGACUUUCCUUCAUAAUGGUAACUCAUAUUAUGAAGGGAUAGACCAUCAAGGCUCACAAGAAGAAAUCUUCAAUAGGGGUAUCCAAGAUGGCUCUGGAGAUUGAUGUCAAUGAAGGAAAUCCAUACUACAAUAGCAACCAGUUAAUUAGAAGAUACUUUACUAGAAAUACUUUCCUUGAAGUCAUUUAAGAAUCCAAAGCAUGUUUGAACUCAUACUGCAAACAUUCCAGGUUUUCCAGCCUGUCCUAGUGCUCCACUUAACAGAGAAUGAUUCAUUUCAAGGCCUGCCUAUGGGAUUCCUUGGUGUGUAUAAACUGCAAGCCUUUCAUAGAACCUUCAAAGGAAAACUGCAAUUCCAUUCAUCUAGUUCUAAAGAAAAGUUAAUUUUUUAAGAAGGUAUCAAAUGACUAAAGAAACAAAAAGUCACUGUCUUGUCUGCUGGCUGAUACUGGGUCCAGUUCUGAAUUCCUGGGCAGAACUGAACUCUGGCAAAAUUCCUGACUACUAUUAGUUUUGCCUGAGUAAGGGAUUUAGAAUCAAACCCAGAGGCUUGUGACAAAGGAAGUAGUCUUCUAUUUUUUACUAGAAAGUAGUAUAGAAAAAUUAUAAAAGUUACCUUAAAAUGUGGAAUAUUCCAUUUCAUGUUAUGUACUCAAGUCCUGAACAGUACUUCCUUUAUCCAGCAAUACCAGGAAAUUAAACUUCCGUGCUAAAAUGGCAGUGCUCAUUGGCAACAGAAUCCUUAAGUUAGGAGGUAUCAAAAUAGUAACAGGUUUUUCUAAACCAUUAAAAAUUUCUGUGUAUAAGUGAUAGAUACUAUGUUUAUCUCAAGUAUUGAGCUAAUCACUGCAGUUUUCCGAAAAAUGAGUUUGCUAUACCAUGAAUUUCCAUUUCAGGAGAGUUUAUUUUGCUGCAGUAUUUUAUGGCUUUAAAGGUUUACAUUUGCAUUUGUUUGUGCUAUUGUUUGUGUUUUAUGCUCAUUGCCUGAUCUGUUUCAAGGAAUGAGCUGGUCCUAAUACUCAGAUACUCAAUGGUGCAUGGAGGGAGGGAUUCUAUAAUAAAAGUCCAAUUUAUCCUUUUGGCAAUUGGGCACUUAAGCGUGGGCUCCAGAACUGAUUGAGAGUUGUAAACAGAUAUUUGUGCUAGAAAUGAAGCUGAUUCACAAUGGAACACAAUAUUGGAAGCAGAUGCCAAGGUAAAAAACUCAAUUUACUGGAGAUUUUCAGUAGCAGGAUUAGGGUACAUUGUCACUGUAGGAAAGUUUUGAAAAACUGAUGCACUCUAGAAACAUUUAACGCCAAAGAAACAACACCCUCCCCUCUCAUUUUCAGCAUUUUUAAGUCCUCCUGCUUUAGGUGAGUCAGGCCUUCCCCAUCAUUCCUGGAUUCUUGAAUCAGCUUUUUCCUGAGACAGCACUUCCUGUUUGACAGACGUAUUGAACUCUUUCUACGUGGAUGAAUCUUCUCCAUCUCUGAUUGUCUUUAUCUCUACCUCAUCUUUGCCUGUUUUCCUAAAUAUUUUCCACCCCAUCCCUCACCAGGGGGUGUGGGCCUAUAGAGGAUCUACCAACUAAUUUCUUCACUUCUCCCCACCAUACGGGUGACUACUGGAUGGGGAAAGCUAGACGCAACACUCUCCAUAACAGCCACCAGGGGUCUCUCUGAUCCAAGGUGCUCCUAUAUAACUCCUGCUGGACCAAGGGUGAAGUAGUGAGGCACCCACUCAAAUACUAAUUCCCCAUGCAAUAAUUUCCUCCUCUUAUCUGUCUCCUCUUUGUCUGCCAUUGUGAAUGGUUUCUGCUGUAUGUAGUGCCCCUCCUGUCAGUCAGUCAGAAGAAGCACAUCAUCAGCACAGUGCAUCUAUAGAGCAAGAUCAUGCUGUCCUUGAAGCUACUAACAGGCUGUACCUGGAUGGUGUUUCAGGAAACAGUCUUCUGUACAUACCUUUGUAGAUACAGUCUAAUACAAUAUAGGCUUUAGGCCAUCAACAUCCAAUACCUCUUAAUUUUAUUUUUUCUAAUGUUUUUAAAGGGUUUUUUAAAUCUUCAUUUGACUUAGAAUAACAAAUUUAAUUUCUAAAAACUAAGUAGUAAUUUAAUUGCAUUUGGUGUAACCAUGCCAUCGGUUUUUAAACAGAAUCCCUUACUCUAGUCAAGAGAAGGUUCUGCUGAUAGAUCAAUGGCACAAGAUGGUCUCCUUUGGAAGAAGCUCAGCAUGCGUGUCCUUCCACAGUACAAAUAUUCUGUUGCAGCUUUUCACUAUUGAACUUAUACUUUAAAAAAAAAAAUUAGUAGAAAAUAGUACGUUGGUCAGACAGUGCAAGUCUCGCAGGUACGUCUUUAAUGUGGUGUCUCUUACCAGAACUGUAAAACAUGUCAGCAUUAUACUGGAAAUGAAUAUUUACAGCCUGAGUCAGCAUUGUACUGUAAAUUUGUUGACAUUAUGUAUCAUGUUGUAUUUUUGUAAACAUUAUGAUGGCUUCUUUCCAACGUUGAAUUGUAUGAAAUUAAAAAUGAAAACAUUUCACUUUGAAUAACAGAGAAAAAUAUCACUUCAUUAGCAGGCCGCUCUCAAAUAAUAAUGUAGGGAUUUUGGUAAAGCAACCAGUAAGCCUAGCUUUAUUUUUAGUGUAAAGGAUAUUCAGUCUUCUGCCCUAAAAUGCUGGUAUAACUUCACAAUACUGCCCUCUGCUGUUGUGCAAAAAACCAAACUGUGGCCUGAUCUAUUUAUGUAUGUAAAGACUAUUUAUCUAUGUAAAUGAGUUUUCAGGAUCAGACCUAUAUAUGCCAAAAUUCUGCCCUCAGCUGCAUGUGUGCACCUACCACUGAAGCAAACGGGAGUCACAGAUGUGCAGAGGACAGAAUUUAGAUGUUUGUUCUAUUUUUUAAAGUUUCAGAUUACAAAAUCGGUCCAGGGUUUAUGAUGAACUAUGGUCCCCUUGGCCAAACUCACUUCAUUUAUAACCUUUCACAGCUACUUAUUCUAACCAGUCCAAGGCAUGUAUUCUCAUUGCAUUGUAAAUCCAUGUGUAUUACUGAGAACACAUCUGCAAGAAACUAGGAAUAAAUUCUGGGGAACACUAGGGAUCAGAAGUAACAGCAUAUAAGCCAUUGCACAACUAUAUAUUCAUGUUAAAGCACUGUGUUUUGAAAAGUAUUGUAUUAAUUUACAGUGCUAUAUGUACAUGGAAAAAUUAGAACAGAAGGAAGUUAUGUCGCCUCACUCAGAAAAUAGUCCUAAAAUUGUUCUGGAAGAUAGAUCCUUUGUCUAAUAUAUUCUUUAAUUUUGCUGUCCUUUAUGUAUCUACCCUCUCUGAAACUUUGUGUAGCAGUACUGCAUACCCAUUAGUGCCAAUCUGCCUUUGCUCUAUUUUCUAUGACAAAUAAUUGUGGAGAAACUGUGAUUAAAAACCCAUUAAUCCUAAUAUUUUUAUUGUUAAGGUGUAGUUCAUUCUAUGAAUACUUUCUAUUGAUGAUUGUACUGUGUAGAGUAAAUACAAGUUAGGGAUAGCCUAAUACCAGAUAUCGUACAACAAAGUGCAUAGUGUAAUAUAGACUAGUAAGUUUUUGUGACAAUUUCUAUAGGAUGUGUGAAUUGUUUUCUAUGUGGCAACACACAUUUCUUUUAAAAACUUUAAAUUGUGAGACAAUUUUUUAAAGUCAAUAUUUUUAAUUAUAAAAAACAUUUGUUACUAGAGUUUGCUAUUUCAGGUGUUAUCCCUAAUUUGAAUAUUGGUUUUAUUAUUAUGUACUUCUAGUUUCAUUUGUUCUGUUGCAUAACAAUGCACAAUAAAAAUUUGUCAAUUAAUGGUU